AUCAAUUUGGCAUAUUAAAUUAUUUUUAUGACGUAAAAUUUUAAAAAUUGUCUGUAAAUAUGUCUCAAAUUCCUCGUCCAGGCUUCGCCAGGCCAGGCCCAAAUAAGAAUACUUCUACUGUGAGUACCAGAACAGCUACAGGCGGAACUAGGAUCAUUACCAACACCAAAUUUAACGCAGUCGAGCCAGCUGGAGGUCAAGGAGGUUCGGGAUGCAAUCCUUGCCCUUCAGUCGCUGGUGCUGCCUCCAGGUCUACCAGAAUACCCGGAACUAGUGGAAUACCGCCGCCAUCAAGUACUCGAGGUGCACCAACUCCUGGAAUACCAAGAGGUAUUCCGACCCCUGGUAGGGCACGACUGGAUGCACCACAAACAGUCCAAGCCAAAGCAAAACCUUUAGGAGCCAAACGAACAUCAGCUUCAGUAGCCAAAGCGCCCACACCAAUGCAACCUGGGCAAUAUGUCGUUCCUGCCCCAUAUGGUCCACAAUCCAGAGGAGGUCGCGAUAUGACCUAUUCUAGCCCUCAAGCCCUUCGAGGACAAAUGGAAGCGCGAGUUCCUAAAUCGAUUAAAUUUUCUGGAGUAAAGCCUUGUCCUGCAUCAGGUAAUAAGGACGUGAAAGCUUUGGCUGGAACAAAAAUGGGUGACACUUUUGCCGGAAACUUUAGCAUCUAUGGUGGACAGGGCGGCAUGGACGCGAAUUUAUCAGGAAAUAAUGAACUUGAUGAACGGAUGAAUGAAGAAAUGGCAGCUGAGCUAUUUAAUCUAUCAAGUCCUUUACUUGCUCAAGCUGAAGAUGAGGCAGGACAAGAACUUUUAAAUAGGUCGAUGCUGGAUCCAGAAGAUCAAGUUUAUGCAAAGGCCCAUAAUGUUCAACAUAUCUGUCAACCGAGAAUGAUUGAUACUCCUGCAGGGAAGGAGCCUGUCAUCCAAGAAACUUAUACAGAAAAAAUAGUUGAAAGAGAUGAAUAUUCGGAAAAAAUUAUAAAAAAUUUAGUUGUGUCUGACACAGAUGAUGAAGGAAAAGUAACUAGAAUAACGAUAAGUGAGCAACAAUUAGAUCCCGAUUAUAAUCUACCAUCGGAAGGAAAAGAUAUUGUUACAGUUAAGGAAACUAUUUCUUUGACUCCUUCAUAUAAAACUUCAGCAAAGGAUGUCCGACAUGAAACAAUAACUCCAAAAAUAGAUAUCGAUCCUAAUGAACUAGCCCGAUUAGUAGAAGAGGAAAUAGAAGAUGUGGAAAAUACUUUGAAAAUGGUGCCUCCAGAUUUAUCCCUUCAAGAAGACAGAGUAUCGGUUAAAAAGAGAUUGCAAAAAUUAAGACUAAAUACAGAAUCCAUGAUACUUAUUGAAGAGUCAGUAGUAAAUCCACCAGCUACUGCAGAUGAACCUAUUGCCGAGAGUCCGCCUGAAACAUUGGCAAAUAUAAUGCAUACCGUUGAAAGUGGUGUUACUCCCGCAUGUCCUCCCGACCAAGUAUUUCACACUUUAUUUGAAGAAAAAUUAACAGAACAAUCAGUUAUUCUUAGUUCUGUGGGGCCCGGACCUCUUCAAGAUGUAAUGGUUCCUCAAGUUUUAACCAAAGAAAUCCAUAAGGAAUCAAUGACUCCUGACCUGACAGACUUAACAAACAUCUACAAAAACGUCACAGAUGCUAAAGAUUGGCCACCUGUGGAUAUUUUCGCAACUGUAAUGGAUGCAGAAGCCAAAUCUCCUAAGAAGGAAAUAAAAUCCAGGCCAUUUAAACCAAUCGCGGACGAAGAAAUGCCUUGGGGAAAUGAAGAUAUAGAACCAUUGGUUAACAUAGUUGGUGCAGAACCAGUUGCUGUUCUGGGCCCAGCAAAUAUUUCUGACUUGGAAAAAUCUGGAAACGUAGAAACAGAAUUGGCGCACGGAAUUGAAUACUUUGUGGAUGCAGAUCCGGUUCAGUACAUGUCCAGAGUGCAACUUAGAGGGACUAAUCCUCCACCUUGGUUUCCCGGGUACAUUUUUGCUUUGCCAGAGUUUCCCGAUGUUGUGAAAAUUGCCAGGAAUCCAGAUGAAGUUUUUAUUUCUAGCUGGAAGUCUUGUCAGCCCAGGAUCAUUCCGGAAGAAUCGUUUUCUAUAUUGCACUAAACUUUUUGCAGUAUUUUUUUAUUAAUGUAUAUUGAAUAAUAAACGAUUUGAUAUA